CUCUCCUUUCCGACCUGUCUCGCGCCUCUCCCCCGAUUCUUUUUCCUCGCCUUCCGCUCCUCCGCGGGAUCGCCUUCUCAUGCUCCGUUAAAUUGGUUUCACUAUGUCCCGGAGGACGCUGGGUGGAGGUCGUGUCCUGGGCACCGCGAACGCUCUCUCCCCAUCCACAUCUGUCCCGUCUCCGCAACCCAAACCAAGGGUCCUGUCGCCCUCCGCCAGCAGCCUCUCUCUUAGUUCCCAGGCCUCGGCCUCGCAGUUCUCUUCCGAAACCCAAGAUCUCACCUCGCGGAUAUCCCUGGAGAAUGCCAGUUCUUCGAUUCCCGCCCCUCCGGCCGCUGCCGGUGCUCAGCUGGCCUGUCCGAUCUGCAGUGAGGAGAUGGUAACAUUGUUACAAUUGAACAGACACCUCGAUGACGUACAUCAGAACCUUGAAGAUGAUCGACAGGACGAAGUCAAGGACUGGUUCAAGACGCAGAUGGACAAGGCGAAACGAUUCCAGCCGCUGGCCGUCCUGAACCAGAAACUAAAGGGCCUCGACGUGUUCGAGUCGAACGAAAACCUACAGACUUUCGCGGGCGCAAGUCGACCUCUCGCUGCACACUCGCAUGCGCAUACGUUUACACCUGAACCAUCAAGACCCUUCGAAGCCGAUGAUAUAAUCACCAAGGAGCAUUGGCAGGGACGUGGCUUAUACGAUACCUGUUUGGAGCCGUCGUGCGGGAAGCGACUGAAUGCGACUAAUGGGUGUGUCAACUGCCGAAAGUGCGGGAAACUGUUUUGCGAGGAGCAUACAAUGUACCAGAUGAGGCUUUCCAGAUCGGCGCAGCAUGAGCCGGUGAGGGGGCUAUGGUAUAGGGUCUGUGAGACUUGCUAUAAGUCGCGGGAGGGAUAUAAUGAUCACAAUGGCUUGGUACGAAGUCGAACAGAUGAUUUCAAGGCUUUGAGGAAACAAACGGUGGACAAGGAAUUCCUAGAGGCUUCCCGGCUCGAGAAACGGUUGACGCGCCUCACCCAACUGCUUGCUAGUCUGCCCCCGGAACAGAUUCAGUCCGGAGCGAGUAAGCGCUGGCCGAUUCCGUGGCCGAAUGACCAGAGGAAGGCGCUCGAGCAAACCAUUGUCAGCUGGCAAGAUGACACGAGCGUUUCGAGGUGUCCUUUCUGCCAGCAGGAUUUCACCAGCUACACCUUUCGGAGACACCACUGCCGAACUUGCGGGCGAGUUGUUUGUGGUGACCCAGCAACGGGAUGCUCGAGUGAUGUGCCUCUGAAUGUGUCACCACCGUCUGAAACAUCCGAAGAGAAGUCGAGAAGUACCAGUUUGAUCAAUAUUGAUAUCCGUCUUUGCAAAGAAUGCAAAUCAACCUUGUUUGACCGCCGAGAUUUCGAAGCCGACGUCACGCGAAAGCCUCCGGAUCUUCGAGCCUACGAGAAUCUCAUUCAAUUCGAAAGGGGCAUCCGGCUGCUUCUGCCUAAGUUUCAAAAGCUGUUGACAGCUCUACAAGACCCCCGACGACCCCCGACAUCCGCUCAAAUUGCGGAAGCCUCUAAAGUCCGAAAGCGACUUACCGAUUCUUUUGCAAAAUACGACGUUGCGGCCAGGCGCAUCCGCGACUUGCCUACGGAGUCCGUCACACAAAAAUUCCUCCAAAAAGCGGUAUAUCAGCAGGCCAGUAACUUCCUGCAUCUUCACAUGCUUCCUUUGAAAUCCCUGCCUAAAAUCCUCAAGCACGCCUCGGCAAAUGAACGUUUAGCGAGCUCCAUGGGCUCACCCAGUAGUCCUAGUCCGACCAAUGGUUCAAACAAUGGUCACCGACGACAAGGCUCCGCACUGUCGUCUAUCCGUUAUGGCAGCAUCACUGCAAGUGCCAGCAACAGCAGCCUAGCCAGCGAUACGAGUAGUGCCAUAUCCGCCAUGGAAGCGGAGGAGAAAUCCUUGCGCGAACGGCUUAUUGUGUUAGAAGAGCAGAAGUUCUUCGUCUCCGAGAUGAUCGCGGACGCGAACCGGCGUCGCAAGUUCGACGAAGUCAGCAGCCUGGCAAUGAACGUCGAAGAUCUCACCCGGGAGAUCGAUCGGGUGAACGGAAUGCUGGACGGUCUGGACUUUGAAAGUGUCUACACUGGUACUCAGCAGAACUAAAUCUUCCGGUAUUAAUAUAAUUGAAAGCGCGCGCGCGUUGCUACUCGCUGAAUCGCAUCUUCUUUUGAGUGUAGUAGGGCUUCCCCUCUCCUCUUCUUUUUGGCCUCUAUACUUGGCUCUGGCGUGGCGUUCUGUUUCCGGCGAUCUUUGCAUAGCAUGAGGCGUUUCUGGCUUUUAAUUCUUUCUUUUCGGUUGACUCAGGCGGCUGCUUUUUAGUGUUAUAUUAGGUCAGAUAUAAUUGAUGCUAUGGAUG